AUGACCGCCGAGCCGGCGCGAAGCCAUCGGUCUCCGCGCUCCAUCUGGACUCUCCCUUGCGACUCUUAGUCUUCACCACAACUCUCAGCUUGUCCUUCCAUCGUAUAAAACACCCAUCUCGCCCUUGUUUACGUCCUCUUCUCGCGCGCGCUCUUCCACGUACCCUCCUAUCUCUCCCACUCAUCCAUCUCGAAAACCAACCUCGAUCACCCUCAUAAAUCACCAUGGGCGACUCUAGCUUCACUGACCCCGCUGCCAACGCCCCCGAUGCCGCGGCGUACGAAAAGGGCAAGGGCAAGGCUACCGAGCAGGACCCUACGGCUCAGGAAAUGAGCAUGGACGAGGAUGAGAGCUCGGAAGAAAGUGGUCCUGAGGAACUGGCUCCUGAAGAAGACGAAGAAGAAGGCGACAACCUCGAGCCCAUCUCGACUGACAACAUCAUCGAGGGCGGACGACGAACUCGCGGCAAGCGCAUCGACUUCGCCGAAGCGGCUGAGAAGGCCAAGGCUGCUGGUGAUGACGAGAUGGACGAUUCCGACGACGAUGAGGAUUUCGAGGCUCCUGACGAGGAUUCCAAGAUGGAACACUAGAUGCACAGCGAUAGCAUCAUCAUUAUUCAUUUCGUCAACUCAACUUUUAUGUCUCUUCUUUUUGUCAUGACCCCCUCGAAAGCGACACCUGGCGCGUGGAAUAAAAAAAGGAAAAAAGGGAAUGCAGAUCAGUUCAACAAAAUACCAAAUAAAGUUUACGUGAAUUAGGAUUAUGGUUCUUGAACAUGCGACGUUCUUGAAUGCUUUUCCUGGUCUUCACUCAUGCAGUGCUUUGUCCUCGAAUUUUUCUCUAGUAGGGGAUGCUAGCCGCGAUGAAUACUCGGUUCAGUUGCAGUCCCGGAAUAGACAGCUGUACUUUUUUACAUUAUAGGUUUAAAAUGGAACCAGUAUAUCUCUAUUGCUGUGUCUUCAUAUCGCAGAA